CACUCAAUCAUCCCAUUCUACUUCAUCCGCGGUGACAUCACAAAGGGUUCCUACUACUGUAGAAUCGCAGAACGAUGGUUUACAGAUAACUAGACAAGUGGAUUCGCCAGCUUACACUCCCGAGGGGAAAAUUAGUAUCGAUCGGAGUAGAAGUACAUCAUCAUCUCCGCGCGAGGGUGAAUUCGGCAAAGACACAUCGCUGUUGAAAAAAGUCCGGGGUAAAACGAAAAAGCAUAUGCGCAGUCGAAGUGCGCUGUUGCCACACCGGGUUGUGCCAUCACGGGUAUAUUCUAAUUUAUCCGUGCGGGGGGGAUUGCCCAAUGUUGGCGACGCCGAUUGUAUAUCGCUUAAACCCCGACGCACGAACACAGCCGCGGGAGCACGAAUGCAUAGAAAAAACAACUUUGAUACGAAGAGUAACAGUGUGGAUAAUUCACAUACUGUAUUAGAUAUGCACGUAUCGGGCUCAUGUAACGAUCAUUCCGAUUGCUCACCCGUGUGUCACUUACCGCUUGAUGGCCAGAAUUGUGCAGGUUUUACCGCUAGCGAAAAAAAGGCGAUAUCUCCCGUGCAUUCAUCUGAUGAGGUCCGUCGGGAGUUUUCGAGGAAGGUCACUGCGACAAAUGUCACGCCGGGCCUAUAUGCAAACACGAUUUCACAUAGAGAUCUGAGUACUUCCGCAUGUAAGGAGAAUGCGGAGACAGAUGCGUAUUCCGAUACAGAUACCUCUGUAGCAGCGAAAGUCAUGUUGAAGAAAACGAAGUCGCUUGCGGAAAUAUCAUCGGAGCGUUAUCACCUCCAAGCAGAAACUCACCAUCGGAUACACCGAUGCAAAUCCGAAAAUCUUGAUAUGAGCUCACAGUCCGGUACAGCCAUGCCUACUCCUGUCUAUGAGCGAUCUGACAUGUCGUUCUUUGAGACUGAACUCGUCAUACCGCAAGCAUCCGACUUGUCCAGUAUCUCAAAAAGUAAAGAACACAUAAGAAGCGACGAACAAGAUCCAAUCAACCUUGAAAACUAUUCAGGAAGUGGUACAACAUCUUCGAGCUUCUUCAGGAAACUGACGCAUAUCUUCGGUAGGGGCUCGUAA